GUUUCUAUCUGUGUAUGUGUGAAAAGCCGGCGUAAACAAGCAAAAAUUCGCAAACAAAAUGUCGCAUUUCGUAAGUAUGGAGGUUUUUUCAAACUAUCAAAAGUAUAUAGACAAUGAACAGGAAUUGCGAGAGAACAUUCGCAUUGUGGUCCGUGAAAUUGAGCAUCUGGCCAAGGACGCCACAAUUCACCUGCAGGUCAUACACUCUGAUUUGAGCAAAAUCAACAAUGCCUGCACAUUGGCACGUCAGCAGAUCGAAGCCUGCGCUAAGAAAUAUGAAAAGCUGUCCACAUUGGUGCCACCUGGACAAUACUACCGGUAUUCCGAUCAUUGGACUUACAUUACCCAACGCUUGAUUUUUCUGAUUGCGUUGGUCAUUUACCUGGAGGCGGGCUUUUUGGUGACGCGCGAAACGGCCGCUGAAAUGCUUGGCUUAAAAAUCAAGCAUUCGGAUGGUUUCCAUUUGGAUAUUGAAGAUUAUUUGUUGGGCAUUUUGUUGCUCGCCUCGGAGCUGUCACGCUUCGCCACCAAUUCCGUCACAAUGGGGGACUACGAGCGUCCCUUGAAUAUAUCCCAUUUUAUUGGUGACCUCAACACAGGAUUUCGUUUGCUCAAUAUGAAAAACGAUGGAUUACGCAAACGUUUCGAUGCUCUCAAAUACGAUGUUAAAAAGAUUGAGGAAGUUGUCUACGAUGUCAGCAUUCGUGGACUAUCGAAUUCCGCCGAUAACAAGGAUCAGCCUAAAGCUGAUCCUGUCGAAUAAUUUAAUCUGCAUAGUGUUACUUAACCGAAAACAAUACAAUUAAUAUCAAUGAAAGUGAAAGACAUACUUUAAGUUUAUCCAGGCAUUUUGUUUUUGUUUUAUCAUGUGAAAUGAAUUGAAAUUAAAAAUAAAUAAAUUGCAGUUAGAGAUAAUUGCAUGCACAUGGUCACCCUG